UGGUAGGAAGGCAAACAUUCAUAUAUGGCUAGUAUGUAUACACAUCAUAAGAUGGGCGCUGGUUGCAGGUGGGCAGAUUGUAGGCAGAAACAAAUUGUCUACCAGGGACCAACAAUAUUUUAUGAGGAAAAAAUUUCUCAGAUAGAAGAAGGAUUUCAUUACAAUAUUGAGUCGCUGAGAAUCACAGUGUGAAAUUCUACAAUCAAUAAACUAUGAAAUUUGACAGAAGAAAAUCAUUAACAAGGGCUUGGUCUAUUAAUCGGUAAUCUACUAUUAAUAAAGAGAAAUUCAAAUUACUCAUAAGCGAUCAAAAUAGUAAAAAGAAAGGUUACGUGAUUUUGGCACGUGACACUAUCACAGCUAGCUGUAAAAUGUGCGAUACCCUACUGAGGUUUCAAACAAAUUGGUGUUGAUGCCUAAUAUGAGUACAUAUUUGAGAAUACGACACAAUAUUUUCCAGGGCAGGUAGAGAUUCGUAUCGUGAAGAUGCUAUUAGUUAUGUUCUUUUGAAACGUGAAGGUACAAAAUGCAUUGUAGAAUGCAGAGUUACACCUGAGCAUCAAGUGAAGAUUACGUCUUACCACUGUAACGAAAGUGAGGAAAAAAAUUGAAACUGUUGUGUGUCAUUUAUUGUGCUGCUAGGCUUGGUGGAUGUAAACAUACAAUAACGAUCUGGCUUUUGAAGAGAAGCGAAUCUGCAAGUACUUCAGUAGAGUCUUAUUGCAUGAAUCCAGCGCUAUCUAAAGUUGUCAGUAGUACGAGUAUUAAGCUAUUAAGUUUAUUAAAGCCGAAGAUUUCAAUAACGAAAGUGGAAGUUCUCCAAAUUUAGACGUAGUAGAGGAUCUUUUAACUCCUUCGAUAGACUAAUUAACAAAUGUAAACGAAGAAAACUUAAUAAUAUCGACGUAAUGGCUUAAUUUACACCUUUUUGGCAGUUAAACUUAUGAGGGCUUACUCUAACUUUCAGCUUCAAUCUUCUACAGACUAGUUUCUAUUUUAUCAGAUUUUCAGUAUCAUUUAAAGUAACCUAAUUUGAUAAAGGUGUUACUUUUCUAAAGUCCCAUUAAAAUAUAUACGUGAUAACAUUGUACAUGAUGCAGUACAGAGUCAACCUACUUGACGCCUUUUUUAGGGGGGCGAUGAACAUGAUUGAAAAUCUAUACAACGUCCAACUUCUCAUACAAUACGGUAGCGCAGUAUUUCUCUUUUGCUCUUUGCUGUCAAUAGUUCCUUUGAUAAACACUUUGGUUGAUUACAUUUAUGUCUCCUGCUUCUUGAUUGCAUCGCUAGGGGAGAUGUUUUUAUUUACAUACUGUUGCCAGACGUUGUCUGUGGAGUUGCAAAACCUCAGUAAAAACGUAUACAAUUUGGAGUGGCGAUGUUAUCCUACUGGCUUGAGGAAGGAUCUAGUGUUUCUACUGAAAGUUGUUCAAAAACGAAAAAUCUUCACUGCCGGAAAAAUAAUCGAUUUGGACCUUUUUUUCUUCAUACAGGUGGUUCAGAAGUCGUACUCUUUUUAUACUUUGAUGAGCAAGACCACGAAAUAUUGAACAUCUUCAUAAAAUCGAAGCUACACUAAAAAAACGCAAACAUUGUCCUCAUGUUACGCCACUGUACAGCUUAAUGAGUAAUACUGGUUGCAUUCUUGAUUUUGACAAAUGUCAAUUCAUUGAUUGGGAAUAUGAGGAGGCAAAACAUUAAUAGACUCGUUUUCACAUGAUACCAUUCUAUAGCACGUGGACGGGGAUGUAGUCUUACUUGCAUCUCGAUUGGCUGUUCAUCCAGCUACUACAGAAAUGAUUGGUUCAAAUGACGGUUGGGCGUAAAUAUCCGUGAUGCAUGCUACAUACAAAUAGAUUUGUGUCGUAAUGCUACUUCUUCUUGUUUUCAAGUCUCUGUUAUGACUUUGAAACUUGAAAGUACUUUUUUCAUGUUUUUACAUCUUGUAGAUUUGUUUAUAGCAUAAAUGAGUUUUUGUUUUUAUUGUAUUUAUUUUUGAAUGUUAAAUAUGCAAGAGCAGCUUGAAAAUGUGAAUGAUGAAAAUUCUGCAUCUCCACCAGCAGUAAAUAACUGCUCUGGUUGUUUGAAUGUAAUUGAAGAAGAAGAGUUUAUAUCUGCACUUGGACAAGAAUGGCACAUAGAUUGUUUCAGGUGUUCAGCAUGUGAUGCUUCUCUUUCAAACUGGUAUUUUGAGAAAGAUGGCCUACUUUUCUGUAAAGAUGAUUAUUGGGCCAGAUAUGGGGAAGCAUGUCAACAGUGUAGUCAGAUUAUCACAGGUCCAGUUAUGGUUGCUGGAGAGCACAAAUUCCAUCCAGAGUGCUUCUGCUGUUGCUCUUGUAGUGCCUUUAUUGGAGAUGGAGACUCAUAUGCCCUUGUUGAGAGAUCUAAACUCUAUUGUGGGCAGUGUUAUAAACGUCAAAUGCAACCUUUACAAAAAACAGCAAGAUUUCCCUUCAUUAGGAAACCUCAUUCAAUCAGAUUGGUUGAAAUUCCAGGAGGUCAAAAAGGGAUCAAGUUGUCCAAAGAUUUGGGUCAUACCAGUGAUAGCCAGUGUUUCACCAUAUCAGAGUCUGUCAGGAAACUUCGAGGAAAACUGCUUCAGGUGGCUUUUGCAUUUCUAACAUCUGCUUAUAAUAUAUGCUGUUAUUUUAUACCUCCUUAUAGGUUAGAAGUUAAUAAUGACCUGAUGUCAUUACAUAUCGGUGAUAAAAUUUUGGAAAUUAAUGGAAUGCCAGUGAAAGAUACACCUUUAGAAAAUGUAGAAAAUCUUCUUAGGUGCUCUGAUACAGUAUUACAGUUGACCAUAGAACAUGACCCAGAUACAGUAUUGAAGAAUGUUCCAAGUUUCGCGAAUCAACCACAUUCCAGUAAUCCUCUGACUACCACAGCCAGUGAUACAAACAUUCCAUCAACAAAAAUCAUUCCACAAGAGCCAGACUUUGGUUCAAAUGAAUCCAUGCAUGGUGGAUCUGCUUCAAACCUGCAAGCAUCUAAGGGCAGGGAAAGCCAAACUGGAGAGGGGGGAAAGACUGCUACCAAGGGUGGCAGAGGUGAGAAGGAGAGAUUGUUCAAAAGGAAGGAUGAGGGGUACAUGAGUGGGACCAGGUCCAGACAGCUCAGGAGGAAGCAUCAUUUGAAUGAAGAUAGGCAAGUGCUGGAUAAGGAGAGAAGCAGUUCGAUGAGUAGGCUUUUGGAUGAUACUCCAAACUCUAAAAGAUGCAUGGAACUAUCAAGAGCCCACUCAUUCUUAGAGCCUAAACCUCAACAGAGAGUGUUCAGAGCUUCAGAUUUGGUCAAAGGGGAACUGCUGGGCCAGGGAUUUUUUGGGCAGGUAUACAAAGUUACUACCAGAGAUACAGAGGAGGUUAUGGUGCUAAAAGAGCUCUAUAGAGUAGAUGAGGAAGCUCAGAAAAACUUCCUUAAAGAGGUGGCAGUACUGAGGAGUUUACAUCACAACAAUGUGCUGCGUUUCAUAGGGGUACUAUACAAGGAGAGGAGACUGCAUCUGGUUACAGAGUACAUUUCAGGUGGUACCUUAACUGAAUUACUACAUGAUGUUGCACAGCCACUGCCUUGGGAACAAAGGGUGUCUUUUGCUAAAGAUAUUGCAUCUGGGAUGGCCUAUUUACAUUCCAUGAACAUCAUUCACAGAGAUCUGAAUUCACAUAACUGCCUGGUACGAGACGACAAAACUGUGAUUGUAGCAGAUUUCGGUUUAGCGAGGAUAGUAUCACAAUCCACAAACAGUACCCGAAAGGUAUCUCCAAGCAACCCUACAGGCGGAAGGAAGCAGGAAAGGAAGAAGCGUUAUACAGUUGUAGGAAAUCCUUAUUGGAUGGCACCAGAGAUGAUGAAAGGAAACAAAUACGAUGAAAAAGUGGACAUUUUCAGUUUUGGAAUAGUCAUUUGUGAGAUCAUUGGAAGAGUCGAAGCAGAUCCAGAUUUUCUUCCUAGAUCCAAUGACUUUGGCUUAAAUCAAGUAGUUUUCAAAGAAAAAUUCUGUGGCUCCUGCCCUGAGCCUUUUUUUCAGAUAGCCUUUUUGUGCACGGAUUUGAACCCUGACAGGAGGCCGCCUUUUGAAGUGAUGGAAGUCUGGUUAGAAUCCCUGUCCAUGCACUUAUCUGUAGGCAUGCAUCUACCUCCAGACCUCAUAUUCGACAUCCAGCACUACCGAGGACUUAGUCCAAGUUCCUCGGGAAGCACCACUCCCGAAGGCGUCAUUUCUGGGCAUCGUAGUCCCGCUCUGGAACCUAUAAGUGAAGGGAAGAUCUAUAAGAGCAAUGAGAAGGUAUAUAAGAGUAACGAAAGUCUGAAAUCCGUGCCUAAGGUGCCGUCCUCCGAAAACUUACUCAAGAGUCCUGUCAAGCCUAUCAUCAAAGUUUCCAGCAACGAUGCCAUAGUGGAGAAGUGUCUCAAUAACAAACCCGUUCUUUCCAAGACGACAGAGGACGUAUUAAAUAAUGUUUUGAAGCAUCCUGACUUAGAAAUUGUUGAAAAGGAAUAUCCAAACUAUGAAAACAUAGAUUUUCUGAAAAACGAUGCGGCUUUUGUGGGUGAUGCACAGAAAACUAUUGCGAUAAAAAGACUGGAUGAAAGCGGUAUAGCAAAAUCUAAUAAUGCGCCUAAAAACUUAGCCAAUAAAGAAAAUAAUCUCAGGGAAAAUAACUUUGAUAUAAAAUUAAGGAAGGUUCCUAAAAACUUCACGCGUAACCAGUUUCCUAAAGAAGUGAAUGAAACUAAAGAAGAAAAUACUUCAGUCAGAGACAAACUAAAAUUCUUAGGUAAAAGUAAAGCAUUUGAUGUAAGGAAAUUGCCUAAUAAUCCUAGUAAAAACUCAAAUUUAAAUCUCGAUAGUAUAGGUCUCAAAACUUCAACUUUACCAUCUCAAGUAACUGAAAAGUAUGUUAAAAGUACUAAGAAUAUCAACAGCAGUAACACUAUACCUCAAGCAAGUUAUAAUAGAUCUUUCAGCAGUGUCGGCAACUCACCAGAUCUAGUGACUUUUGCACGUAAACCAGCUUGUAGCUUUGAUGAAUCUAGCUCUAGAACAUUUGAAUCGUCAUCUUCAAAUUCUAGAAGGUAUACGAAAGAUGCGGACAAUUCGCCAUGUUUGCGGAGAACUCCGCUUUUACAGAGGAGAACUUUUUCUAAGAUAGAUGAAAGUCCGCCUUAUAUAGAGGAAGGAGGGCACUGCAGUACGGAUUCGAGAGAUUAUUUUAAAAAAGAUACUGUAAAAGAUGAUCCAGAACUUACAUUAACUUUAAAAAGUCCUGCUACGAAACCUAAACCAAAAUACGACUCGGAAAAAUCAUCUAUCUUGACUAGACUCACGCCAAUCUUGCAGCGAAGGACGGGGUUCUUGAAUUUUGAACCUAGCUCUCAUAGAAAACCGUUUGGUGCCACUCCUGGUUCUAGCAGUGUAGUAAAGAAUAUGGUGGACAGUUUGAAUAAAAAAGGGUCAUUAGAUUUUGGGAGUCGUAAGACUUUUGGUCGGAGUUCUUUGAAAGUUUAUGGCACGCCUAAGGUAAAUUUGUUCAACAGAACCAGAAGUCGAAGUCCUCCUGAAGAAUACACGGCUCUGUGAUAUCUAUAAAUGUCUAUCACGUCUCGGUAUCAUUUAUAAUAGGAUUGAGUAUCGACUGCAUGUCUUAGGGUGUCCGUACCGCAAUUGGAGAACGGGGAGCGCACUCCUGCACGGUUCAGGUCUAGCAAGGUACAGCAAUAUGUACCGUUUUGCUGAAGAAAAAAUGGCUCAGUGGCCCAUCUUUCUAAUCCACUAAUAACAUUUGAGGUGAUAUGUAACAGCUGUUUCCUAAAGUUGAACAAAGACGUUGUUCACUUGCCAGAAAAGUUAAAGUCUCCAAAGUGGGGACUUAUUUUUAAUCGACGACUUUUGAAUAAUCCUUUUCAAAAAAUCACAAAAAGUUAGUGAUCGUAACUAUAGGUUGCACUUGAAAGUACGGAUCAUUAUUAGUUCAACCUGAUUGUAACCAUGGCUCUGAGCUUUGCCUUUUCUUCGCCUAUUUUUAAAAAUAAAAAUGGAUGUUUUUCACUAUUGUGAAGAGCGGUAAAAUAUAUCUGGAAAUAGAUAUGACAGUCAACGUUCUGACAAUCGACGUACUAUUGGGGUUUUUCUACUCAUAUACAUGUUCGGCUUACAAAGCUAUAACUGCUCCAAGCAGGCUUUUUUGUAUCAGUUUAAAUAUAUGUGUAACCAGUAGAUAAUGGAGUUAUAAAAUGCUAUGCUGUUUCCGUGACCGAUUCAUAGAAACAUGGAGCCUAUAUACCAGGAGAAAUUACGGCAGUGCUGUAAAAACGACCCCAAAACUUUACACCUGGGGAUUGAUUCUAAAUGAGUUUCGACCGUUGAAAUCAAUUUCGAUGGCGUCUUGUGACGAUAUACUUGAUUCUCUAUGAUAAUUUUGACAUGUGAUUAUAUUGAUCCUCUAUAUUCAAAUUAUCAUGGCAGUGUCAAAAUUAUCAUAGCUAAUCAAGUAUAUCGACACAAGGCGCCAUCGAAAUCAAUUUCAACGGUGGAAACUCAUUUAGAAUCAAGCCCCAUGAGUACCGGUGGUAGUUUGACAGGGUUGCCAUGUUAGGAGAUUUUCCGCCAAAAUUGUGUUUUUUUGCUUGUUGAUAUAAUUUUCUGAGGUAAAUCACACGUAUCGCGGACAGAAAGCAUCGACCCGCUCUUUGAGCCAAACCAACCUGUUUCCAUUAAUCAACUGUGAUUGGGGGAUUUUUUGUUGAAAAAGUAGCAUUCUGAGUAUUUGUUGUGCUUGUCCUGGGGAAAUCCUGUCCGAGCCAUUUGGCAACGCUGUGCUUUGAAUUUAUCCGGCCUGCUGAAUGUGCAGGUAUCUGCAUGUUUAUGAAACUUGAUUUAUAUGAAUGAUAAACAAUAAUAGAUUAGAAUACAGCAGUUUUAUAAAAAAAUAGCUACCUGCAGAUUCAAGUGGCCGGACUCGUACUAUAACCCCAGCUUAGAUAACAAUCAGCUAUGAAACUCUCCUGUCGAAUGUAAAUUCCCCCAGUGCAACGACGAAAGAGGUUUUAGUCCUCAGCAGCAGUCGGUGUCUCCUCGUAUCAUGCCAGCGGCCGCAGAUGUUCUUUGCAAUCUUAAAAUGAUAAUAUUUCGAUAUGAUAUAGUGUACCGACUGCUGCUGAGCACUAAAAACUCUUUCACCGUUGCCCUGGGAGCAUUUACAUUCGACUUUCUCCGCCGAAAUGGCUGCCGUUUUUGACCUUCACAGGAGAGUUUCAGACACCUUGCGCAUGCGUAGUAGCUGGAACUCGCUUCGAUCACUGUGCCCUCAGUCAAGUUUUGGGGUCGUUUUUUGCUCAUUUCGCCGGUUCUCUUGGUGUAUAGGCAUGCAAAAACAGAAACGUCACAGGUCAGCUAAUUGAAUGCUAAUCGGAGCCGCUUUCCAGUGCCUCAUUUGUGUUACUUGGAAUAGCUCGGUGCUGCCCACCUCCUGUCAAUACCAUUCCACUGCUCUAGUGUCAUGCAUCCGAGCUACUCAUUUUUGAAAUCCCCUGUCACCUCAUGCACUAACUUUUUAUUUGGUGUUAUACGUUCCGAAAUAGUGGGAAUAACGAAAAUGACAAUGUGUCAAGAUUGUUACGUUAUGUUUUUGCAUCGUUUUUUCCCUUAAACUCACAUUAAACCAAUACCAGACAAUGGAGGAUGGUAAAACACAUAAUGUUAUGACCCAGAGUCACAACGUAUGUUCCUGAAUAAUAAAUAUCACAAGAGAGCGCAAGAAGGCAAGUUGCUGGUGGCUUGUAGUUGGCUUCAUCUUUAACUAGACACUUUGAAAAUAAUUUUGAAUGUCUACACUAAAAUAUAAAUUCGAGACAUUUAUCCAGAAGCAUUAUCUGGCAUAAUUGGAUACUUUGGCAAUGUGAUACAAAUUGUCAACGUCAAAGCAAAACAUUAAAAAACAGGUUAUGUUUUUAUCGUCGCGUUCCCGUGCACAUUUGCUAGAGCAGUUCGAGAGCAUCACACUCCGGGUGCUUACAACUCUUAAUUCAAAAGCACUGGACAGCGGCCCAGGUGUGAACCAACCUUCAAUGGCAUGACGCCAUAUAUGGCAUCGCGCUGAAGCGUGUUGCUUUAUAUACGUUUUAUAACAUACGGUCUAACAAAAUAACUAUGAUAAUAAAAAUUUAAUAUGAAAUAAGAGCGAUGUAUUUUGGUUGAAUCUUUAUGUCGAAAUAUUAAUGCUGCCUAGAAGCAUUUUAGCGUUGGAAUUUUAUAGUACCGAUAAACAUUAUCAGGUGGAACGUAUAUUUUAUAUGGUUUUAAACUGCAAUGUCCAAGACGUUGCAUCUGUAUUUUAAAUACUAAUCAUACUGUGAUAAAAUAAGUAUUUGUAUAGUAUUUAACAUGCAAUAAAAUCUCAUUAAUGUAUUAAAAUAUCCG